AUGGAGCCGGCCCCCUCCGCCGACGCCGCGCUGCAGCCCCCGCUCCUCGCCAACACUUCGGACGCCUUCCCCAGCGCCUUCCCCAGCGAGGGCGCCAAUGCGUCGGGGCCGCCGGCCGCCCGCAGCGCCUCGUCCCUCGCCCUGGCUAUCGCCAUCACCGCGCUCUACUCGGCCGUGUGCGCCGUGGGGCUGCUGGGCAACGUGCUCGUCAUGUUCGGCAUCGUCCGGUACACUAAGAUGAAGACAGCCACCAACAUCUACAUCUUCAACCUGGCCUUGGCAGAUGCACUGGCCACCAGCACGCUGCCCUUCCAGAGUGCCAAGUACCUGAUGGAGACAUGGCCCUUCGGGGAACUGCUCUGCAAGGCUGUGCUCUCCAUUGACUACUACAAUAUGUUCACCAGCAUCUUCACCCUCACCAUGAUGAGUGUUGACCGCUAUAUUGCCGUCUGUCACCCCGUCAAGGCCCUGGACUUCCGCACACCCGCCAAGGCCAAGCUGAUCAACAUCUGCAUCUGGGUCCUGGCCUCGGGUGUGGGUGUCCCCAUCAUGGUCAUGGCUGUGACCCGCCCCCGGGACGGGGCAGUGGUGUGCAUGCUCCAGUUCCCCAGCCCUAGCUGGUACUGGGAUACGGUGACCAAGAUCUGCGUGUUCCUCUUGGCCUUCGUCGUGCCCAUUCUCAUCAUCACCGUGUGCUACGGCCUGAUGCUGCUGCGCCUGCGCAGCGUGCGCCUGCUGUCGGGCUCCAAGGAGAAGGACCGCAGCCUGCGGCGCAUCACGCGCAUGGUGCUGGUGGUGGUGGGCGCCUUCGUGGUGUGCUGGGCGCCCAUCCACAUCUUCGUCAUCGUCUGGACGCUGGUGGACAUCGACCGCCGCGACCCGCUCGUGGUGGCCGCGCUGCACCUGUGCAUCGCGCUCGGCUACGCCAACAGCAGCCUCAACCCCGUGCUCUACGCCUUCCUCGACGAGAACUUCAAGCGCUGCUUCCGCCAGCUCUGCCGCACGCCCUGCGGCCGCCCGGAGCCCGGCAGCUUCAGCCGCGCCCGCGAGACCACGGCCCGCGAACGGGUCACCGCCUGCACCCCGUCCGACGGUCCCGGCGGGGGGGCCGCCGCCUAAGCCGCGCCGGCCCGGCGCGCCGCGCGCUCCUCCGGGGUGACCUGGCCGUCACCCGGGCCCGCAGGGGGCGGGGCCGCGACGCGGAAUGGGGCCGAAGGGGCCUCUGGCUUGGAGAAGGGGGUCGGGCUGGAGCCCAGGCGGGGGCCGAGAGGCGGGGCCCCUGCAUUGGGGUGGGCCUCUGGGCUGGGGCGGGGCGAGGGGCGGGCCGGGGGCGGGGCCUCUGGGCUGAGGGCGCGGCCGGCGGCUUUGGGUCGGGUGCGGGGAGCUAGCGACUCUCGGGGAGUGAGGCCUGUGGCUCUGGGACCGGGCCGCUGAAAGGGACCUCUGCGGCGGGCCUCAACCUUGGGACAGCCUCGGGUUCUAGCCAGAGCCGGCCUUGCUGGCCUGGGACCCAGGACCCAGGGGGCCUUGGUGGAGACCGAGGCUUGAGAACAGGGCUGCAAGACUGGGUCUCUGUGUGGUGGGGAGAGGCCUCUUCUGGGGGCAAAAGAGAAGGACAGGGGAUGGUGGCCUCAACCUUGGGGUAGAGUCCCAGCCCCGAGUUCUAGCAAGAGGCGAGGUUGCCGAGGUCCAAGGUCCAACUGGACUGUCGUUAUAAAUAAAGAGAAAAAAAAUCCAGAGGGAGAGAGAAACAAUAUGCCUUUUCUGUCCUUGACAGUCAUUUUCUUGGAAUGGCCUCAGCAUCGAUGUAGUGUCCCCAGCACUUUGUCAGUGGGGCUUGGGACAGGACGGUGGAGCAGGGCCAGUGCCUUCAGGCGAGGGUAGCAGGACAGGAUCUCAGUUGGGGUAGGGGUUCUGUGGGGCUCAGAAGGAGGAGGUGCCAGUCGGCCUCUGUGCCAAGGAUGGUGGGUGGGCAGAGGCAGAGGCGAGGCUGGGGAACUUCUGCUUAGACAUUAGGUCCUCGAGCCGGAGGGCAGAUGCUUUUGGGGGUCCCGACUUAUCUGCCCAGGUACUGGAGGACAGAGGACAAUGCUAGUGAGAGCCCCAUGGAUGGUAAGUGGCAACUGGGACUGGGUGGGGGCAUCUGAAGGACCAGUGUGGACUUUUCCUCCUGCCCAUCUUGGGUCUCUGAUAAGAACCUCUAGGAAAUCCUCUUCCUUCUCCCAACACGUGGCUGUGCCCAGUGUAUCCGGUGUUUCCAAGCAGCUGGAACUGCCCACACAGGGGCCUGUCUCUGAUGGAACUGGGAGGAAGAAGGCUUUCCUAACUGCAGUGCUAGCGUCCAUGUGUGUCCCUCAGGCCCCACUGCCCUGCUGCCCCCUUCCAGCUGCUGAGGGCAGGUCGUCCCAGAGCGAGGCAUAGGAGUUUCUCUCUUCAUGUGUUUGGCAUUUUAUUCAGGCAUUCCCAGAUCGUUGCUUUCCUAUCAGGGUCUGUCCUUGUUCCCUGUGCCUCCCCCGUGCUUCACCUCCUCUCCCCGCCCCUUCCCCCCACAGACACUGCCUCAGUCCCACACCCCUGACUCCCUAUUGAAGCAGUGAGCUGACAUCCUUGUAGAAACAAAUUAAUUUUCUUCCCUUUUUGGGACAGAUGGAGAGAAACUGACGUCUUUGUCUCAAACCAAAAAAAAAAAAAAAAAAAGAUACCUCUUUUCCCUUUGACAGUCACUUCCUUGGAACAAAAGCCGUUCCCUUGUCGAGGAGACUCUCACUCCAGCAGGGGCUGAACUAGCAUUCAGGAGGUUGGGGGCUUAGGCACCAGGAUGGGCGUUGGGCACAUUAAGGGUAGAACUACCCUUAGUUGACAAAGCACAGCCCCCUUCUCAGGGUACGGACCCCAGAAGCUCCAGACCUAGGAAUUUUCUUCCUCCAGGAAAUGGCUUCAGUAGCACUUUGGAAGAUGCAGAGCAGUGCCAGUGCCCCUAGAGACUUCUGUGUCUGAAUGGGAGGGGAGUGUGUCAGCAAGGCAGGGACCCUCCUGGACACUCCUGAUCAUGUGGGACCCCUCCUGCUAAUGCCUUGGAGAGAUGUCAGAGAGAGGAGACAAUUUAGGGAUGGGGGGAUGGGGAGACUUCUGAAGAAGGUGACAUUGGACCCAGAGCUGUUGAUUCUCCCCGCAAGGACUGUGUCCCCUUCAACUCUCUCAAGGCUGCUCUGGGUUUGCUCACUGCCAUUUCCCAUGGCUAUAACAGAUCUGGCUGCUUUUUUACUACUUCUCAUACAUAAAUGUGUCCUGGGGUCUGCAGAGGCUGGGUCCAGACCACGUGCAUUUAAGGUAAAGCAAACUUGUACCAAAAUCAACUUGAUGCCAGGCUGUGCACCCCAGGGAUUGGGACUUGGAUAUAAGUCAGAUACAGCCUGGCCCUCAGAAAGUUCAAGCCCAGGCUGGGAGACAAGGCAUCAACAGAGCAUUGCAUCUCAGUGUCAUGGGGAAGUGUCUUUUCUAGCUUUUUACUAAGACACAUUUGUAGCAAUUCUAGAAGAGUUGGAAAAGCGUCAGAGGGCCUUAAAGGACGUGUAGGAGUUGGCCGCCAAGAAGAGGGAACAGCGUGUGCAAAAGCAUGGAAAUGUUGAGGUGCUUGGCAAACCCGAGAAAAGCUGUGUGCAUCUCGAGUAUGGGGCUUAACUGAGCACUUUCGAGUGCCAGGCUCUGUGCCAAGCGCUUCACACACAUCAUGCCAUCUGAGCCUCAUGACAGCCCAGGAGAGGUACUGUUACCCUUAUUUUAGACAACAGGCUCAGAGGUCAAGUCACUCAUUCCUAAGUCGCAGAGCCUGUUGGUGGCAGCAGAACUCAGGUCAGUAGGACUCCAGGGUCUGAGUUUCUGGUGAAUUCUGGGCAUCAGUGAUAUAGAAGAGCCUUAGUUGCUGGAACCCCGGAAUGAGGAUUUCUGAAGACUUAAAACCAAAUGGAAAACUCUGAAGGAAAAGGGCAAUUUUCCAUGAACUUUUGUUCCUCCUGAAGCUCUCCAAACCUUCACAUUUCAAAAAGUACUGUGCACGAUGCAUUUUGAAGUUCCAAAUUGACAGUAUAAUUCUAGAUCAUUACAGGGCUCUCAAAACUGUGAAGUAGGUCUGAUUCCUCCCCCCCCCCCACCCCCCAGGUUUCCACUCCUCUAUCUUCAGGAGGUGGAGGCAAGUUUUUGCCUCUGGUUUCAAAAUGUCCUACAAUUUCCUAUCUUUUCUUGUGGUGACAGAGAUAGAGGUGAAAGUUGGAGUCAGAUUUUGGCUUUCCCUCGCGGUGCCUCCGUUUCCUUAUCUGUAGAACAGACUUCAUUCAUGGGGCUGCUGUGAGGACUUCAUGAGUUAAUGUACAGAUAGGGUCCCGAUCAUAGGUAAUCUCUUAGCACAUGGCGAGUAGUUGCCAUUACUCAGGAGUGGUGCUGCAGAACAAGGUCGGAAAAGCAGAUGAACUUUCAGGGGCAGCAAUGCAGAGAGAAGAGACCGGGGACCCAGCCUGGGGAUCCCCCCUGCUUUCUAGGCACAGGAGCCACGGCGAGGCGCAGAGAGUGAGAAGCUGCUGGAGAAGCAAGAGGAGGAUGGGGAGGAUGUGCUGCCAUAGAAACUGGAGGAGGAGGGCGUUCCCAGGGAGAGGGAGUGAUGGAUAAUGUCAAGUGUCAUAUAAAAGAGGUUGGAGGUGGGGAGGGCAGGAGGGUGAUGGGAAUAAAGCAGAGUCUUCAAGUUCAGUUUCCUACAUGGCUUGGAAAGCCCCAAAUCUGGAUUCAAAUCUCAGCGCUGAAGCUAAGUGGCUGGGUGGCCCAGGCGAGGCAGUUGCCCUCUCUGAGCUUCUGUUUUCUCUUAGAUCUAAGACAAGGGAAUGGGUCAGUCUCUGAUGUUUUGUCUCUAACAAAGAGUCCUGAUUCUGCUGGGUUCUUGGCGGCUUGCUUGCAGUGAGAUCUUAGGCAGGUCACUUCACCUCCAAGAAUCCCAUCUGAAGGCUAGAGAUACGGCAAGGGAGGUGCCUACCAAAGUGGCUGGCACAUAGUAGGCCCCCAGUCCAGAAUUAUUCUGUGCCAGUGGUGGGGAGUGAGAGGCAGUGGUCUAAGGAGGCUUGCUUAGCUUGGAAUUUGAAAUGUCCCUCUAGGUGGAGGAAGCCACCAGCAUCUGGAGAGGACUUGGAGGAACCACAGUCCAGGCUAGGCCCCCACUAGGCCUCUGCCCAAAGACCAGCCCGUCUGUUUUCAGCGGCAGAUCCUUAGCCUGGCCUCCGGCUGCCUUCCCCAGCUGGACCUACUGCAGAUCCAGGCUGGGAACCAGCUCAGAGGCUUCAGAGCCCCUGGGAAGUAACCCCCGCCGCACACCCCCACCCCCCAGGUCCCGGCGCUCACACACAAAACACUACACGCAUAUUUCUUUUAUCACUUAUUUAUUAUUACAUAUUCCUUUAUUUCAUUCCUGGGCGCUGAGCAUAUAGUGCGGGCAGCUCCGGGGAGGGAGCCCAGCUCUGAGCUUACAGAUGCUGGGAGUCCGGAGGAGACUGGCGUGUGGUUCUGGCGGCAGGCAGCUGGGGAGUUCAAAAUGGGGCCCGGAGGGGCUGGGGAGAGCCUUCCCUUAUCCUAACGUGGCAGAGCGCUGGACCAGGGGGUGGCCCAGGUGCCAACCCCAUCCCUGGCGCUGGCCAUGAGCCCCACCCGGUGCAGGGUGCUCUCCUGCCACCCUCGGUGAGAGGCCAGUGUGGUAAUACUAGUCCGUGAUAUACAGCAGCCCUCUUUGUUCGAAGCACUUGACAUGGGUAAUUCACUUAAUCUUCACAGCACGACUACGAGGUAGGCACUACAAUAAUUAUUACCUGAGGAUCCCGAGGCUCAGGGGAAUGGCCUGCCCAAGGCCAGACAGCUUGUCCAUGGCUGCACCAGCCAGGAGCCCAUCUUAGAUCUGUCAAGUCCACUUCCUCUGCUCUCCUCCUCCUGCUCCCACGAGGGAACUGAGGACACAGAGGGCACCGGGGAGACUCGCACCCAGCUCAUAGUCCCGGAUGGAGCCUCCCCGGUGCUGGGUUCUGUGCCUCAUCACCUCGACGGCAGAGGCGCAUGCCAGCCUCCCAAGAAACUGCCGUGACCUUGGCGGGUCCCUCUCGCCAUCCACUCCCUCCCUGCCUCGGAAGGCUUGCUUGUUCUAUCAUUUUUCAGCUGCCUGCCUAGGACCUUGGGCGAGUCACUUCACUCUUGGGGCCCCUUUUCUCAGUCGUGGAUGACACCACUUACAAGAAGUCGUGGCGAUUCACAAAAAGGCUCAUCUGUUUUGGUCACACAAAUGUUCCCAGCAAAUGGCACUGCAGCCGGCACACUCCACCGAGUGGAUGGAUGACGUGCCUGGUGCACAGUAAAUGCUCGAAACGUGGGGCUUUUAAUGUGAUCGAACCUUUGAGGUUAUACCUGCUCUGACCCACAUCUCUUACUGCUGUAGGUGGGUCAGGAGCCAGGGACUUUGCCUUUUAACAUCUCCUUGAGUUUCAGAAGAUGGGACAGCAUGCGUUGGAGAAGGAAUUUUCAAGAGGACGUCUUCUCUCCAAGUACUUUAUACAUAGCUUUCCUCUUUUGUCCUCACCAAGCCUGCCCUCCCUGGCACCCAAGAGAGGGGCCCAGUCCAGAAGGAAAGAAUGAUCCCUGGGUGGCACUGGCCUGGGCCUUCUGGCCAGAACGUUUGAGUCAUGGGGAUGGAGUCCCUUGGCAGGUGUCAAUGCAGGUGACAUCCACCUGAUGGGGCUCAUCUUCCAGAAUCUCCCCUUGGGAAUGAAUAAGUCCCAAGCCAGGAGACGGAAUAUGGGUUUGACUCUGUCCUCCACUUCCUUGCUUUGUGACUUUGGACAGGUCUCUGUCCCUCUCUGGGCCUCUGCACAAUGGAGGGACAGAGGUUGGAGUUGAUGGGUUCUGAAGGUUCUGCCAUCCUGGGAGAGAACACAGAUGUUUCCCUCAUGUUCCUUGAUCCCAGAAACAGACACCUACCGGUAAGACCCACUGGGCAUUUGCCCAGAGGCAGAGGAAAGGGUGCCUGGGGGUCUGGUAUUUGUAAUUGGAGCUGUCCUACUUUGGGGAUGAGGGAGGCAAGCAUGUCAAAACGAAGCUUGACUCAAACACCUGGCUUUUUGCCUAUCCCAGGUCCUAUCUUGGUACCAAGGACCAACCUUCUGAUUUCCCAAUAAAGAAAAACACUAUUCUCGGUGUCCACA